AUGCGAUACACAGCAGUCACAUGUGACCCUGACUACUUUCAACAAGAACGUUACACACUCCGCCAAGCUCAAUAUGGUCGCGAAACAGAGCUCAUGAUCGUAAUGACCAUGUACAACGAAGACGACCAGUUAUUUGUAAAGACGAUGAGCUCUGCCAUAAAAAACGUGGCACAUCUUUGCACACGUGACCGAUCAAAAACUUGGGGUCGUGAGGGUUGGAAAAAGGUGGUAGUGUGUGUGGUGUCUGAUGGUCGCAAUAAGAUUGAUAAACGGGUGCUAAAAGUUUUGGGUGCUAUGGGCGCGUAUCAGGAUGGAGUGAUGAAGGAUAAUGUGAAUGGAAAACCGGUCACUGGACAUGUGUUUGAAUAUACGUCCCAGUUGAUGGUGGAUAGUAAUAUGGAUGUUCGUGGAGCUGAUAAGCACAUUCCACCGGUGCAGAUCCUUUUCUGUUUAAAGGAAAAGAAUGCGAAAAAGUUGAAUUCCCAUCGUUGGUUUUUCAAUGCGUUUGCUGCUCAAUUGCAGCCAAGAGUGUGCGUCUUACUGGAUGUAGGAACAAAGCCAUCGCAUACUUCAAUCUAUCAUCUAUGGAAAGCCUUCGAUCGUGAUCCGGAUGUUGGAGGUGCAUGUGGUGAAAUCUGUGCUGAACUAGGUCGUGGUUGUUUGAAUGUUCUCAAUCCACUAGUCGCCUCACAAAAUUUCGAAUACAAAAUGUCAAAUAUUCUCGAUAAACCUCUGGAAUCCGUGUUUGGCUAUAUAUCCGUGUUGCCAGGUGCCUUUUCUGCGUAUAGAUACGAGGCUUUGCAGAACGUAUCACAUGAUAAAGGCCCGUUAGCUUCAUACUUUAAGGGCGAGACGAUGCACGGAAGUGGUGAUGCUGGUAUUUUUGAAGCGAAUAUGUAUUUAGCUGAGGAUCGUAUUUUAUGUUUUGAACUCGUGGCAAAGAAAAAAAAAGGAUGGAAAUUGAAAUAUGUGAAGUCUGCCAAAGCUGAAACCGAUGUACCAGACACUGUUGCUGAAUUCAUUUCACAGCGUCGUCGUUGGUUAAACGGGUCAUUCUUUGCUGCCUUCUAUUCAGUCGCACAUUUUGGCCGUAUCUGGACUUCGGGACAACCAUUCUUCCGUAAAAUAUUGUUGCAGAUUGAAUUCAUUUAUAAUGCAAUAAAUUUAUUCUUUAAUUGGUUUACUCUUGGCAACUUCUAUUUGACCUUUUACUUUUUGACUUCUUCUACCACCGCAAAGGUCGAAACCGAUCCAUUUAAAGGAUACGGUGACGAAUUAUUCCAAGCAGUUCGUGGAUUAUACAUGAUGGUUAUCGUGGCUAUUUUCAUCUGUUCAUUGGGUAAUCGUCCACAAGGCUCAAAGUUCAUCUACACAUUAUGCAUAAUAUUAUUUGCCUUCAUUAUGGGAAUCAUGCUUUACUGCGCUUUCUACACCGUGUACUUAAGUGUACCACAUAAAGUCAACGAAUACAAAAACAUUCAAGCCUACCUCAAACAAGCACCCUUCCGCGACAUCGUAAUCUCCCUAGCAUCCACCUACGGCCUCUACUUCUUCUCAUCGCUUAUCCACGGCGAACCAUGGCACAUGUUCACCUCGCUCAUCCAAUACGUCUUCCUCGUACCGUUCUAUGUAAACAUCUUGAUGGUCUACGCAUUCUGUAACACUCAUGACGUCUCCUGGGGCACCAAAGGUGAUAAUGGCAAUUCCGGAGACCUUGGUGGCGCACACACUGUUACCAAAGACGGAAAAAGCAUGGUCCAGGUAGAAACUUUUGAGCGGGAAGAUGUUAAUGCGGCAUACGAGCAAAUGUUGCGUGACUUAAAAGUUAAAGUCCACGAGGAGAAACAACAUCGCGACGCUGCUACCAAGAAAGACGAUUAUUAUCGAAUGUUUAGAACUAAUUUGGUCCUCGUUUGGAUGUUUUCGAAUGCGUUGCUUAUUGUGUUCUUUACGUCCAAGGUUUGGAAUAAUUAUGUCGCCGCGAAGUAUCAUAGUACAGCGUAUAAUCCGUACCUUACGUUUGUAUUUUGGUCUGUUACCGGUCUUUCAGCAGUUAGAGCAUUUGGUUGUGUAUGGUAUUUAAUACUUCGGGCAUUUUUCGGCUAA